AACACGCAUCGCCAUGGCAGACCACCAGGCAAUCUUGGAGGAGGAGUUCGAGGUGCUCGAGUCUAUCUUCCCCGACGAGUUUGAGAAGGUCAGCGACAAUGAGGUUAGGAUACGUGUGGAGCCGGAGGAGGAGGUCACAGGGCACCCAUUGUCACUCGUGCUCGUGGUCACCUACCCGCCGACAUACCCAGACGUGAUCCCCGAGCUGGCGCUGGAAGAGAUCGACGAGGAGCUGGGCGAGCUGCGCGAGGGCGAGGAGGAGGAAGUCGUGGGCCAGUUGAACCAGAUCGCCGAAGAGUCGCUCGGCAUGGCAAUGACGUUCACGAUCGCAACCGCGGCGCGCGAGGCGCUCUCCGCACUGAUCAACUCGCGCAAGGUGCGCGAGCAGGAGGCGGACGAGGCCCGAGCGCGCGCGUACGAGGAGGAGGAGAAGAAGAAGACGCGCGGCACGCCGCUCACGCCGGCGCUGUACUCGAAGUGGAAGGACUCGUUCCGCGCCGAGAUGGCCGCCAAGAAGGUCAAGCAACAGGAGGACAGCAUCCGUGCGCUGCCGGCCCGCGAGCGCGAGGAGUGGCGCAAGAAGAACGCAAGGGCGAGCGGCCGACAGCUGUUCGAGACGGCCAAGGUCUCGGCCACGUCGGACGAGGCACUGUACGAGGACGGCGAGGCUGUCGACGUGUCCCAGUACACGCGCGAGGAGCGCGACCGCGCCCGCUGGGAGGAGGAGGCCAACGAGGAGAAGGCGGCGCACGUCGCGCUGGACGACUCGGACGACGAGUAGGCGGCCGCUCAGCCCCGCGACGGUACGACUGCAUCGACAACAUCAC